AGCUCAUCAGAAAAUCCAAGGAGGAAUACAACUCUAGAAAUUCUGUUCUCUAACUACGACAAAGACGUUAGACCAAAUCAAGGAGGUAGCUAUAUUCGUUUUGUUCAUCAAGAUUAUAGGAGAUUGAAUGUUCUUCUUAAAUCAUUCUACAUGUUUCCCUGUAACAUAAUUACCACUUAAAAUAUUUUGCUUGGUGCAUAUUAAAUGUUAACAGGAUGAAGGGAUGGAUGGGUUAUGAAGCGGGAGUGAAGUGAUUAUUUCAUCCGCCAAUUGUAUGAAGUUGCCAUAGGUGGGAAAACUCCCGAGAAGAGGUAGAAAAAGGUACUCUACGAAAAAUUUCUAAUGGCCGCCCAAUGGCGAGGCCGGAAACCCUAGGGAAAACAUGCGGCUUAUAGGCAAUAAGGCUUCCGUAAAUAAUAUUUAACGAAUUAUCAAAUUAAAGAUAUUUACUCACGGACAUUGCAUCACUUAUCUAGACUAAAAAGAGGUACUUCUUUCGGAGUGCAGCUUCAGUGGGUGGGCCAUUAUAAGCAGCGCCAUAGAGUUCUAAAGUGAUGACGUCAUGUAACUUAAAUUUGGGAAAUUAUGGGAUUUGUCACGAUUUUCUAAAAGGACAACAUCCAAGAGGCCUACUUGCCAAAAUCAAGCAUUGUGAGGCAAGUUAGCCCAGUAAUGCUCUGAUGACUCCAUACAAAUCCUUCUAAAGUUGACUUGUCGCCCCAUGUAAGGUAAUCCGGAAUCCGGAAUCCAGGUAAUUUUGGUCUGUGGAAUCCGGAAUCCACGGCUUUGGAAUCCGGAAUCCAGCUAAUGGAAUCCGGAAUCCAAGCAUUGUAAUCCAGAAUCCAGGUUGCUGGAAUCCACUCUGUUGUGAUGGUUCCAGGGCCUCUUCUUUUCCUUUAGCGACUGUUGCGUGAAAAUCUCAUGUCGCAAGGACGCGCAACAGGCAUGUUCACGCGUGUUUCACUCGCAGGAACAUCCCUUGUCAUUGUGACAUAUCGGGUAUCAAUUUGAAACAAUGGUCACAUUAUAAUGACGUGACAGAAUCCCAGGGAGUGAUUCAUAUUACUGUAUAUUAUCGCUCUUUAUAAGACACCCUUUCGACCUUUUUCCCCGUUGCGCUUUUGGAGUCGGAGGUUUAGAUUCUUUUCCUGUUUGGGCGCAAUUGGAACUAAUUUUUGGAUUUCAGGUAACGUCAAAAGAAUAAUAAUAUAAAGUAUCCUUAUUCUUGGCCGUAGUAUCAGUAGUCGCGGUGGUUGCAGUUACUGGCUUCUUUCAGGCACAUGUCAUCAGUGUCACUCAAAGAAUGACAUGCUGCACGUGGUGUCGACGUGGUGUCUUUCAUUCAGUCCAGAUUCAAUCAGUCGAAAUCAGACAUCUCGAGAGAUCACUUUGAAUUUUUUUCUCAAUCGAUCGUUAUCAAUCUUUGUCAGCAUGGGGAAGCACAAGAAAAAGCAUGAGUCGGAAAGGUACGUACGUCUAUAAAUUCGGUGUUUGUGACUUUGUGAUGGAAAUGUUUUGGCGGCGUGGUUUUGAAUAGAUCAGAAUGUGUGAAACAGUAAUCUAAAACUUCGAGCAGCUAUAUCUGUCUGUUUCUAUCAUGUUCAGAAUUAUGAGCUAACUAUCUUGCAAAUUUAUGUACAGGAGUCCAAGAAAGAAAGAGAGAAAAGCGGAGAAAGAAAAGAAAAGUUCAAGGUCUGUGGAGUUGUCGUUGUUUGUUCUAUUCGUGUUUUCUGCUCAAAAAGCGGUGGUUGUGCGAACACUUACUGAAGCGUUUCUGUGAUCAAAAUUAUAUUCGAAGGUGACAGCGUUUCCAUACCAUUUACAGACAUGCUAAUUAAAUAGAGCAUUUGAUCAAUGAAACGAACAUACCAAAGUGAAUCCAAAGUAAAUUAUCGAAUUUACUUCACCGUAGAGCUCCGGAAAUUGCUUGAAAAGGUCUUCUUCGCCCUUGUAGUUUGUGCAUGAGAGAAGAUAAAGUAUGCACAAGACUGUUCCUAUUGGUUUGGGCCACUGACUGCGAUCCCAAGCAAAAGAGCUUUAUGAAUUCCAUGCUAGCAGACAGGGCGAAGUACCCCUACCAAGUCCCUAUUCCUGACUGCCCACACAACAUCAAGUCAGUACGUUCUGCAGAGUUUUGGCAUUGGAUUGACAUUGAUGGAUACCUAGUGAAUGUAAGGCUGCUUUUGGUGCUACGUAGAGAAUACGAAGACAUCAAGAAAUCAGUUUCAUUGAAAGCAGUUCGAAACAAAGAUCGGAUGGAUGUAGAAACAGCAGUGGAGAUUCACCGGAAAGCGAUUCAAGAUUCCAUUCCAGAUGAAAGAGUGAGCACAACAUUAGUUCCAGAACUGGAAUUCAAGCACUGGAAAAAGAACGGGGCCUCUCUUUUAAGCUACCCGGUAGGAUUGGCAUUCUCCCCAAAGCAUAGCAGGCUGUUUAUUACCGAUAGACGUCUCCAUGCAGUCUUCAUGGUUGACAUGCACUGUCCAGCAAAUGUCACAUUAAUCGCUGGUGGUGGUGAGCCCGGGCACACUAAUGGAUAUGGCAACAAGGCCAGAUUUAGAAACCCAGCUGGUAUUGCGGUGAAAGAGAGCGGGAAGCUGUACGUUUGUGACCAAGGAAACGGAAGAGUUAGAGUAGUCAAUUUGCGAACGCUUUUCUGUCACGCUUCCCAGAUUGUACAAGGGAGCGCCGAAGAAAGCCAAAGUGAGGAAGAAGAUUGCGCCGGUAGACGUAUCCGUAAAGUCCAUGUACACGAUCUUUCCCUUAUUUCUGAAGGUAAUGUACCGGAUCUGGUGUCACCAUUUGCCAUAUGUGCGUCUGCAAAGGGUAGCGUUGAACUGUUUGUGUCAGACGUUGGUCUUGGCAAGAUUUUUUCAAUUUCUGGUGUUGUAGACGAUGAGGAAACUAACUGCGUCGGCCAGUUAAAUGAAUUGUUUUGUUUUGAUCGAUCUAGUUUAUUAACUUCAUUAGCCUUAACACGUGACGAGCAAUACUUGUUAGUUGGAGACGGGAAUGGUUCAUGUAUUCAUCUUUGUCAAGUGAGAGGACGAUUGAAACUGAGAACAAUUUCGAAUAUUCCAGGCCUCAUGGGUAUUGCAGUGACAGAUGGUGGAACCGUGUUCUUGUCCUCCAGCAAAGAACACGCACUGUUCAGUUUGAAGGAAGAAGAGAUGCUUGGGGGUAAAGAAACCCUAACAAAAGUGUGUGGAGAAACUGCAGGCCAUCGUGAUGGUGUCCAAAGUCGAUGGAACAAGCCUACUGCUUUAUGCGUAUAUCGAAACACUGUUUUCGUAUGCGAUACCGGUAACGUAGCAAUAAGAAUGUUGACGUCAGCAAAGGGACUGAUCCCCCUGCAAAGUAAGAUGGCCCAAUAUGCAAACGUGUUCCGACUCGACAAGAAAGCCAAAGAAGAAGACCUACCACGUACAUUUGAAGAUCAUGUGAAAUCUGUCGAGGAGUUGGUUGCAUUUCUCUCUAACCACGAACAGGAAGCCCUGGAGAGGACGGGCAAGCGAAAUACCAACGGUCCCGACAUGACCAUACCUCGAUGCACCCGACAGUCCUUCCUCAUAGUGCUAGAAUCGCUGACCAGCCUUACCAACACGCUAACGGAGAUUGGGCAUAGUCACCUUCUGGACAGGAUCUGUUUCGAAAGUAUGACAACUUUGGGCGUGGAAUGCUAUUUCAAAGGAAUGCGAGCAGACCACGACAUGCCUACAGUGGCUAACUACGCUUACAGAAGAGCGCGCUGCGUGGAAGACGAUAUGCUGCGCAUUUACCAGAAGGAUUUCUCAUAUUUCACUGGGCCCAAUUCAUAUUAUCCGGAGAAAAUUAUCAAAGGUGAACCCCCAAACAUCAAGACGCGACCAAACAAGCUGUCAGCAAUCACUGAAGGAACAGGUAGCAAAGAAGAAGACACAAGGCGAGAAACUGUGAUGCGAGAAUUUGCUAAGGAGUAUGGAAGAGGCGUAAGACAGGAAAAUGUCCGCUCAAAAACGAAAGAGCUAACUGGCACCCUUCCUUAUGCCCUUAGUAUGUGUCCCACUACCAUCACAGCCUCAUUAGAGGAAAGCGAAGACGUAACAACAGCCUGCCAAGUUGUGGAUGCUAAUGUGGCAUUGCGGAGUACGGCUGUACGGGUGCAAACCAUUUACCAGAAAGACGACAUAUUGGCAGUAAGACACAACCGUAGAAGAGAGAUCUCACCCUUCUGGUUAGCAGUUCUUCUGGAGGAUGUACAAAUAGAAGUGAAUGGUGGAAAUUUUGUGCAGCAAAGAGUAUCCCUAAAGUGGCUAAACCAAACAAGUGAUUCACUAACAUACACCUCCGGUGAUGUCUGUAAUGGGAAUUCCCCCAAGUGCAUUCUAACCCGAGUACUCGACUUUUCUUCCGAUGGAUCAGACAUCAUUUUAACAACAGAGGAGGAUAACAGGCUCUGUCGAAUUGCUAAUGGGGACUACGGUGACGAUGAUGACAAUGAGAAUGAAACUGCACCACCAACUGCAGAGGAUGAGGGAGAAGUAUCCCUCCCGAUAAGACUGCCGGGAGUUAGUUUAUCAGGACGGAGAACGACACGGUUUAUUCUGAGAUAAACGUUUCCGUUGCCUGCGUAGCUUGUAGUAUAGUAAUUGGACUAUCUUCACGCUAUUUGUUGGUAAGCUGUAACUGAAGUUUUACAUUUCUGUGUGGCAAUUAAACAAUUCGGAGACGAAUUAUGUUUGAACCUGAAAAGCACUGAUUUUGGCAAUGUGUACCUCUUUUGUUAUUGUUGACGCCGUUGUUAUUAUUAAAAUAAGAAUAGCCCUUCCUCGUUAGUAUUUCUUCAACGAUGUGGACUCAGUGGACUUCAGAAACCGCUCCCAUAUUCAUAAUCCUCUCGGGUAAGGCCAAGAAUUAUAUUUUAUACUUAUAUUUUAUAUAAGACAAUGUGCACUUCGGGUAAAAAAAGAACAAGCUUUUUUGGUGAAAACAAAGUACAAAGGAAACGUUGAAAACCAGAAAAUAGAAUUUUGAAAUCUGGAAUCCAGCCACUUAUGGAAUCCGGAAUCCGCGGAUGUGGAAUCCGGAAUCCAAGACUCUCUUGGAUUACCUUACAUGGGGCGAGACUUGGGUCUAAACGUUUGGAAAAUAGGACUCUUGGAUGUUUCCUUUUAGAAUAUCCUGACAAAUCCCAUAAUUUCACGAAUUUAAUUUUCAUGACGUCAUUACUUUUGAACUCUAUUGUGGUGGAUCUGAGAGCCGGAGCCGGGCCGGGGCUAAUUGGUGUUCCUAAUUUAUUCAUAUGCCAAACUGAAGAUCUACAUUAGUGUGACGGCUGCCACUGUACCUCUAUACCCCAGAGGGUCUACCUAAUCAUGAACAUGUUUGUGUUACAGUUGGCCCACUCACAGUAGAACUUGAUCUGUACGUUGAAUCAUUUGCUAACAUUGCUGAAGCCAAUAUGGUAAGUCACAUGAUAUCAAUUUUUGGAUAGUAAGAGUGCAUGAUUCCUCAAAGAGCACGAAAUUUGGAAUCUAGAUUUAAUCGAGUCAGUUCGUGUUGUGAAACAUGGAUAGUGCUGUUUCCGUACAAUGAUAAGAAUGGUAAUAAUAAUAAUAAUAACAAUAAAACAAAAAUAAUAAUGACAAAGACAAUGACGGUUAUAACGGUAACGAUAAUGAUAUUGAUGGUCAGCAUCAUCAUCAUGUUCAGUAUAAUUAUUCUCUAUAGCAGUCCAUUUUCAUUCUUGUCUGUCUCUUCGUUUUAACAGGAGUACACAGUGUUUGGCUACAUUCGCUAUUACUGGACUGACAAGCGAUUUGCUAGCAAAUUCAAUGAGACUUUUCGUCUUAAAGGUUCGACAAUUGAGUGUGCGUGGAUCCCUGACACCUACGUCACUAACAUGAGAGAAUCAAAUCUUAUGGCCGAGAACUCUGAUGUAGGGAGUUUAUUCGAGAUCCAUCCGAAUGGAACGAUUUUUUAUUCGAGAAGGUUGGUUUUAAUUCCAUUGUGGAUUAGUGGGGUGAGUGCCAUAUUGGGUUUCUUCAGCCACUAUGCAAAAAGUGAUCUCAACAAUUGAAAUGACUCCGAGCGAAGAGUGAAAUAAUCCAUACUGAUGACAGAUCUGGACAGUGCUUCUGACUAGUCUGACCAGUUCAGGAAAAUUUUCAAGAAUGAAAGCACGUUUAGUUUUUACCUCCCAAACCGUUUUUUAUAAAUCAUUUUUAUAAAUUUAUAAAUAAAUAAGUGGUGGUCAACAUGUCGGCAUUUUCGAGAGCUCACUCCAUUAAGUUUAGUAUUCCAGAUUGUUUUAACAGCAAAACAAAUAAAUAAUAAUGAUUUGGAGGUAGCACAUCCACAAAGUGGUUCUUCGUCUACCUGAUUCCUGGUCGAAUUGGUAUUUGGAAAUGUUGGUUUUUGAGGAGAGGGGAAAACCGGAGUACCAGGAGAAAAACCUCUCGGAGCAAAGGAGAGAACCAACAACAAACUCAACCCACAUAUGGCGUCGACGCCAGGAUUUGAACCCGGACCACAUUGGUGGGAGGCGAGUGCUCUCACCACUGCACCACCCCUUGCUCCCCGCAAAAGGCCAAACCACCACCCAAAAUUGGAAAGGGCUGUAUAGGAGAAGGUAGGGGGUAGGCUUGAUUACCAGCCGCUGCUCAAUAAUUGAGCCCUCCCCCCGAGCCUAGGAUGGGGGUUGGUAUGGUGUCAGUCUAGAUGACCUUGAACUAACUUGUGUCCGUGUAUUUCAGUUACAAGAUCGUUGCCGCUUGCGACAUGAGAUUGGAGCACUUUCCAAUGGACACUCAAAAAUGCAGUUUGAAUUUAUCGAGUUGUAAGUAGGCGUUUUUUACUCCACAAAGUCUAACUUAGACCGCAGUUUAAGAAAGCCAUUGAACAUCCGAAACUGUCUAUAAGUGGCUUAUUUUGAAAUAAAUUUUUUGUAGAUAGUUUGUGUAUGCCUGGCGUAGUUUACAGCAGACAAUGAAUGUCUCGGUUUGUUUGUUGUGAUUUAAUUUAAAAUAUUUUAAGUAUCCUUGAUUUUAAUGAAAAAAUAUUUCUUCAAGAGACGAUUUUGGCAUUAGUUGGAUGUUUGUAGGGUGGCUGUUUUAAAAACAAACAGUCUUGGAAAAAUUGUACCCAUUUUGUCAUAGCUGCCCUCUUAUCCACUGGUGGUAUUUUGCCAAUCCGCCUUCCGCCGAUGUAAGUGCACAUGAUGCAAUUGAACUAUGUGAAAUUAAUGGGUUACACAUCAAGACUAUUGAUAUAGCAGUGUAUUGGGAAUUUACUUUUCUUUAGAUAGCUAUAAAAAAGACGACGUGAUUUACAAAUGGAAAAACAGCACGGGGGAAGUGGAAAAGAAGAGCAUCGCUCAAUUUGACAUGAAUGAAGUGGAACUGAACUCAAUCACUGAACUCUAUGUCAGCGGUUAGUGAUAAAUGUACCUACAAUUUAAAAAUUCUUUUCUAAUGGUCCUAUUCCAUAACUUUAGCGUGCGGUAUCAACCGCUGCCCGCUUAGCUCAGUUGUUAGAACAACGGUCUGCCGAUCGGGAGGUUGUGGGUUCAAACCCCGGCCGAACCAACAACCAGGGGUCAAUUUAAUAAAACGUUUACCCGUGUAAUUUACAAGUGUAGCUAUUGAUCUCAGACUCUAAAACAAUUGCUACACUUGUAAAUUACACGUGUAAAAGUUUUACUAAAUUGACCCCAAGGUAUUAAAAAAAACCAGGGUAUUAAAAAAAAGACAGGGUAUUUAAAAAAACUGGUAAGAUCAAGCUGGCUGUGAUUUAAGAUGAUCGCGUCAUUGGGCGAUGACAUUAAGCUGUUUGCCUUCUCUCCUUCAUCCUUCUUUCAUUAGUCAAAUCGAAGACGACGUAAAAGAACCCACACUAUGUGGUCUACCUUUCAAGCAUCACGCAGCAUUCAUAUCAUGGGCUAUGGGUGGGUUACAGUAAGCUCAUAAAUGAACCAUAAAUCCCCGUGUAUCCGUUUGCACGCAGCCUAAAGGGUCUCCUUUAUUUCACUAAGUGUCAAGUGUUCCUCAAAUCCAUAGGGACUUACAGCGUACUUACCAUCAGCUUUAACUUUAAACGACGCCUUGGUUAUUACAUCAUCCAAGUGUUUUUCCCAGGCAUCCUUGUGGUUGUGAUGAGUUGGACAGUGUUCUGGUUGGACCCAAGAGACAUGAGUGAUAGAGUUGGCCUGGGUAUCACAACCGUACUGGCUAUCAUGUUUCUGCUGGGCUCUGUAAGCAUGUCGCAACCUCGUGUUAGUUAUCUCAAGGCCAUUGACUGGUACCUGCUCGGGUCUUUUCUGUUUGUCUUCCUCGUUUUGGUGGAGUGCAUCCUGGUGUACAUUUUGCGUCCAAGAAAUCGAGAUUCCAAGAACAGCGCGCAAGGAAAAGACCGGGAUUUGGAAAUGAGCACCAUAAAUAAUCUUCAGGUGGGCAUAACGAAUUGUUGUUGAAAUUAAAUUCAAUGAUGGCCUUGCAGCUGCUAUUUACAGACAAACUGGGAAGCCCCUUCAUUAAACCUUUAAACCCUAAGAUAAAAAAAAUCGAAUUCUUAUUUAUUGCCCCUAUUCAUUUCCUACAGAAGUAGUGGGGAGAAGUUGAUAAAAUAUGAAGCAAAUAGGCCAUUUGCACUGAGAGAUCAUGUGACAUCAGGGUUCUAUCUAAGAUUUAUCUUUUGGGGGAGAAGUCCCGAUUGACCGAAGGCAACAAUCUUCCUAGGGGGGUCCAGGGACAAGCACCCCCGGGAAUUUUUUUAAAUGAAUAUGCACUGAGAUGCAAUCUGUUGCAUUUUGAGACACAAUUUUGAGAAAUGUUACACUGUGUGCAAUGACCUUGUCAUGUCUGAAUGAUUUUUCCAAUAUAGUUACCUAUACACCGUAGUUAUAACAAUAUUUUUUUGGGGGAAGCUGGGCAUUCAUUUUGGGGGGGAAGCUUCUACCCCUCAAAUACCCUAGGUAGAACCCUGGAGAUCGUUUUUAUGAAAAUGAAAGUUAUAUGAUUUCGCCUUCGAAAAUGGAUUUGUGGGUCAUAUCUUAAACAAAGUAAUAGUGAUUUGGCUUUUCAAACCCGCACCAUUUUCUUAAAAUGAGUAAGUUCGUAAAUUAAUGGUCACGUGAUCAAAAUUCAAACGUUUAACAAGACAUAAGCAAAAAGUAGUAUUGGCCGCCAUGUUGGAGGCCAAUACAAAUCAUACUACUUUGUUGAAAAAUCAAACUGCCAUAAAAUAUCUCUUAAAUGCGUUUCCUCUCAACUUCCAGGUGUAAGAUAAUUUUUACGUGCUCUGUCAAUUUUUGGCAUCAGAAAGAUUCUAACUCAUUGUUUAAAGGAAGCAUUAGUCACGUGACCUCUUAGUGCAAGUGGCCUAUUCAUCUUGUGUGAUCAUGUCCGUAAUUCUCGUGACCACUCUGUUUUAAAAAGCAUUGAUAUUACAAGGAGAAAUUUGAUGCUGAUCACUCUUAGGGCUUAAAGGGUUAAGCACUAUCAAUAAUACAAAAACAACUGAGCUAAAAGCAGGCAAGAAAGUCAAACUAGUCUCAAAUCUAAAGGGUUCUUUCACUUACCAAUAUUUAUAAGAAAAUUAAACAAAAGAGUGCCGCAACAACAAAUGGGCACUAAGUCAGUAAAAUUGCUAGCGUGCUUAGCAACGCGAUGUCUAGACCGAGCUUUCUUCUUUGGCUUCGUGAGACUAGGGGUGGGCUUCGGACCCUCCCCCCUCCCCACACCACCCCAAGAUAAAAGGGAUCAUUUUACCUUUAUGGGAAACUGCCCACCUACCCCUCCCCUAAGCCAACUUUUUGCCCUAAGUGAGAAGUAAGUAAUAAUGAUGGUUUAAGGGAGGGGUAGGUGGGCAGUUGAUUGUUUGAAACGUCAUAAAGUCCACGUGCGACUGCCUCAAAGCAAGCAAUGCAUAAUAUUGUAAUGGCGACUAUUCUAUUCUCUCUUGAAAACACUAAAUAGAAGUUUGCGGACCUCUCCGGAAAUCAACUUCCUUUUUAUUUUAAGCGUUUGAUUGGUCUAAAAAUAACUUUGGUGAAACUCCUAUAUCCUAAGGGCUAGUCUGGGCGUUUCCAUCUCUGUCCCAUAAUUCUCUUUUCAUAAAGGGAUAAAAGAACUGGCCAGUAUGAAUAGGGUUAACUUUAAAAGAUCAACAUUAGAAAGAAGAAGGCGGCAAAACGGUUGUAUGUGACAAAAGUGACAGGGUAUUACUUACGUGUUUUGUCGAGAUCCCCACUUAACAUUAAUGUUUUCUGGUCUUUAACGAAAAGAUCUGUUUAAAGCAAAGUGAAGUUUGGCGAAAAGUUAUUUCAAACAAAAUUAUUGUCACGCUUGUCACACAAGUUUUGCCGUCUUCUUCCCUCCUCCGUCCUGUUCACUAUUAAUUAUGACUUUCAGGAUGCGUCAAGAGUGGAAAACAUCGCUCUGAAAAAACGCGAGAGUACUAACUCAAGUAAUGGCGAACCAUCUCAGAUCGAUGCCGAGGAUGAGAUGAUUGAAGAGUCUCCUACGCAUGCCCAGAAAGGUUUUAGACGAUGCCCCCCAUGUACCUAUGGAAAAAUCGUUGAUUACAUUUGCCGGUUCUUGUUUCCAUUUUGUUUUACUUUGUUUAACGUGUUUUAUUGGUCUUAUUAUUUGUCCGAUUGACUAAACGUUUUUUCAGGUCGCAAUGUUAAGGUCAAAGUAUGAUGUCACGAUGGGGGGUUGGACUGUGUUGAUUGGCCAGCUAUUUUGCUAUUUUUCAGUUAGAUACUUGAUAGAUAGUUUAAGGUAGACAAUUUUUAAAAAUCGUAUGAGGAACGUUGCAGUAUUUCCAAAAAAUGAAUCUAAAUGUAAACAAAAAAAAGGGUGUAAAAAAAAAAGCCUUCAGAUAAUGUUGAAAAUAUAAAUAAAUUUUUAAUGCACGUACAUUGUAUUAUAAAAAGUUUAAGUCCUAGACUUAGACUGACGAUGCUUGGAAGCUAAUUAGAUCUUAUUGUACGACGAACUCACCUUUAAUUGCAAUAAAUUUAGCAUAAAGAGAUAAAAACGAAUUUAUUUAUUGCCCCUAUUCAUUUCCUACAGAAGUAGUGGGGAGAAGUUGAUAAAAUAUGAAGCAAAUAGGCCAUUUGCACUGAGAGAUCAUGUGACAUCAGGUUUCUAUCUAGGAUUUAUCUUUUGGGGGAGAAGUCCCGAUUGACCGAAGGCAACAAUCUUCCUAGGGCGGUCCAGGGACAAGCACCCCCGGGAAUUUUUUGAAAGGAAUAUGCACUGAGAUGCAAUCUGGUGCAUUUUGGGACACAAUUUUGAGAAAUGUUACACUGUGUGCAAUGACCUUGUCAUGUCUGAAUGAUUUUUCCAAUAUAGUUACCUAUAUACCGUAGUGAUAACAAUAUUUUUUGGGGGGAAGCUGGGUAUUCAUUUUGGGGGGGAAGCUUCUACCCCUCAAAUUCUAUAGGUAGAACCCUGGAGAUCGUUUUUAUGAAAAUGAAAGUUAUAUGAUUUCGCCUUCGAAAAUGGAUUUGUGGGUCAUAUCUUAAACAAAGUAAUAGUGAUUUGGCUUUUCAAACCCUCACCAUUUUCUUAAAAUGAGUAAGUUCGUAAAUUAAUGGUCACGUGACUAAAAUUCAACGUUUAACAAGACAUAAGCAAAAAGUAGUGUUGGCCGCCAUGUUGGAGGCCAAUACAAAUCAUACUACUUUGUUGAAAAAUCAAACUGCCAUAAAAUAUCUCUUAAAUGCGUUUCCUCACAACUUCCAGGUGUAAGAUAAUUUUUACGUGCUCUGUCAAUUUUUGGCAUCAGCAAGAUUCUAACUCAUUGUUUAAAGAAAGCAUUGACCACGUGACCUCUUAGUGUAAGUGGCCUAUUCAUCUUGUGUGAUCAUGUCCGUAAUUCCCUUGACCACUCUGUUUUACAAACCAUUGAUAUUACAAGGAGAAAUUUGAUGCUGAUCACUCUUAGGGCUUAAAGGGUUAAGCACUAUCAAUAAUACAAAAACAACUGAGCUAAAAGCAGGUAAGAAAGUUAAACUAGUCUCAAGUCUAAAGGGUUAUUUUACUCAACAAUAUUCAUAAGAAAAUCAAAGAAAAGAUUGCCGCAGCAACCCCCUAAUGGGCAAUAAUUCAGUAAAAUUGUUAGCGUGUUAGCAACGCGAUGUCUAGACCGAGCUUUUUUCUUUGGCUUCGUGAGAAUAGGGGUGGGCUUCGGACCCUCCCCCCUCCCCACACCACCCCAAGAUAAAAGGGAUCAUUUUACCUUUAUGGGAAACUGCCCACCUACCCCUCCCCUAAGCCAACAUUUUGCCUUAAGUAGAAGUAAGUAUUAAUGUUGGCUUAGGGGAGGGGUAGGUGGGCAGUUUCCCAGAAAGGUAAAAUGAACCGAUAAAAGCAAGAAAGUAUAAUGGAGGAAAUCUUAGGGAGCUGGGCAGGAUAUGUAAAUUUCACUAAAGUUUUUUUUUAGAGUUUGUAAUAAAGCGGAAGUCUAAUUCCUGCAGAGACGUGGAACAUUUGGAUCAAUUUAGCUUUCUGGGAAACUGCCCACCUACCCCUCCCCUGAGCCAAUGAUGAUUGAUGAUAAUGAUGUGAUAAUGAUGGCUUAAGGGAGGGGUAGGUGGGCAGUUGAUUGUUUGAAACGUCAUAAAGUCUACGCGCGACUGCCUCAAAGCAAGCAUUGCAGAAUAUUGUAAUGGCGACUAUUCUAUUCUCUCUUGACAACACCAAAUAGAAGUUUGCGGACCUCUCCGGAAAUCAACUUCCUUUAUAUUUUAAGCGUUUGAUUGAUCUAAAAAAAACUUUGGUGAAACUCGUAUAUCCUAAGGGCUAGUCUGGGCGUUUCCAUCUCUGUACCAUAGUUCUCUUUUCAUAAAGGGUUAAAAGAACUGGCCAGUAUAAAUAGGGUUAACUUUAAAAGAUUAAUAUUAGGAAGAAGAGGACGGCAAAACGGCCGUGUGUGACAAAAGUGACAGGGCUAUUACUUACGUGUUUUGUCGAGAUCCCCACUUAACAUUAAUGUUUUCUGGUCUUUAACGAAAAGAUCUGUUUAAAGGAAAGUGAAGUUUGGCGAAAAGUUAUUUCAAACAAAAUUAUUGUCACGCUUGUCACACAAGUUUUGCCGUCUUCUUCCCUCUUCCGUCCUGUUCACUAUUAAUUAUGACUUUCAGGAUGCGUCAAGAGUGGAACAUAUCGCUCUGAAAAAACGCGAGAGUACUAGCUCAAGCAAUGGCGAACCAUCUCAGAUCGAUGCCGAGGAUGAGAUGAUUGAAGAGUCUCCUACGCAUGCCCGGAAAGGUUUUAGACGAUGCCCCCCAUGUACCUAUGGAAAAAUCGUUGAUUACAUUUGCCGGUUCUUGUUUCCAUUUUGUUUUACUUUGUUUAACGUGUUUUAUUGGCUUUAUUAUUUGUCCGAUUGACUCCAAAAACUUGAAAACGUUUUCUCGGGUCGCAAUGUUAAGGUCAAAGUAAGAUGUCACGAUGGGGGGUUGGGGGGACGCGGAGACUGUGUUGAUUGGCCAGCUAUUUUGCUAUUUUUCAGUUAGAUACUUGAUAAAUAGUUUAAGGUAGGCAAUUUUUAGAAAUGGUAUGAGGAAGGUUGCAGUAUUUCCAAAAAAUGAAUCUAAAUGUAAACAAAAGAAAAGGUGUAAAAAAAAGGCUUAAGAUAAUGUUGAAAAUAUAAAUAAAUUUUUAAUACACGUACAUUGUAUUAUAAAAAGUUUAAGUCCUAGACUUAGACUGACGAUGCUUGGAAGCUAAUUAGAUCUUAUUGUACGACGAACUCACCUUUAAUUGCAAUAAAUUUAGCAUAAAGAGAUAAAAACGAAUACGUGUGCAAGUGGUGUGUGUGUGUACUUGUGGGUGAGGGGUGGGAAGGGUGGUGUGGGUGUUAAGAUACGUUUGCCUAUUGGUUUUGUACUUGGAAACAUUUCUGGAAAGAGAUGUUAUACUAAGGCUUCUUUCUUCAAAUCUGACACUUCAAAGUCAAGUAAUUAUUUGCGUUUUUCAUGAAGAAAUUUGUUCACAUUGAAUAUUCAGAUCUGCCAAGAAAUUAAAAGAACUUCUUCUGAGACCAUGGCAUUUAUAUCAAAGCUCAUUUAUUUCUUAAGUACUAUAUUUACGUAACGAAUCUGCGUCCCGGCCCCAACCUCGUUAACGACCAGAUCUGGUUAAAUAUAAUAAUGUAACUGAGCUGAAAAUUAAACUUUGAAUGUUCUGUAGGUCGGUAGGUAAUCCUUUAAAGUUUGUUAAUAUUUUAGUAUGUGUGGAUUUUAAGAUUGAGUUUUUCAUGCAUGUCCAUCAAAAAUGUCGGCGCAGGGGCCUGAUGACUGACUGUUAAGGUUUCCACCGAAUAAAAUAAUUUCGUCUUUGAUUGUUGAUUUUUACGUCUUCCUAAAAAGAUUUUAGCGAAAAUUUUGCAUAUAUGGUUUUCGUUAUGUAAAGUAGCGACAUAAUGUGUAUAAAUUGUAAUGUAAAGCAGUUGGUAGAACUCGAGACAAUCAUUUUCUUUUGCCCUAAAACAGAUUAAUAAUUUAAUGCCUGCAUAAAAAGUGUUUGAUGUGUAAACCGAGAAAAAAAGAGGAUUUGUUUUACCGAUUUUCGCAAGCUUUAACCGUUUGGAGAGUUCUUUAAUUUAAGGUAAGGAAUUAAAUUCACACUUUUGGUCAUCAAUUGAAAGGUCACACCAUAGAAAUGUUGCAAAACUAGAAAUAAUUAUUACUGACAAUAAAUGACUGAUGGCUUGAAAGUAUCAUUGCAAAAUGGCCAGCCAGGCUGGCUGGCACUAGUUAUUUUAAUUCGUGUUUUGUGAGUUUCAUCUGGCAACUGUGGUGAGAAACCUCUUGAAUAAAAGGAGAAAAAUAUGUCGAUCUACAUGCAGUGGAAAGGAAAUGAGGUGAGAAACGUAACUAUCUUUUAUCGGAGUUUAUGAUAAAAAGUUUCCAGUGAACCUUUCAGUGGUAAAGUAAUGUAGUGUAACUGACUUCAUUUCGUCACUCGUUGCUUUUUUUUCGUUUUUUUUUUACGUAAGAAAAAAAGGAUAUAAACCUCCGGGGGCUUUUAUUUGGGAAAAAAUGCCCUCGGACCACCAACAAUAGAAAUUACAAACAUGCACGAAAACACCUCAUUACGGUCAUUUUGUUAGUAUGGUUUUUUAUUUGGCUAAGCCCUCUUUUUUAUUAUUUAUCUUUUUUUUAUUGUUUCUUAUUCCAGGGCAAUAAGUUGUGUCUUUGUCAAAGACUUGAUUAGCAGGUGAGGUAUUGUUGAGAGUGUUAAACGUUAGUUCAAUUGUAGGGAAUUUUAUCCUCAGACAUCCAGGAGCAGCUUAUUGUAAGGACCUCUCGAGGUUGGUAAGUUUACACGAGGAACUGGAGAGGCAGGCAUUCAAUCUUACCAAUCCAGUACCUGAAGCAUUUGAAUGUCCUGCUUCUGAUUGGCCAAAAAAUAUUAGUUUAUUUAAGCAAUAGACUACACUUUCUAUGGGUUUACCGGCGUGAUAACCCACGCGGGAUGUUGGGAGAACACGAACCAAUCAGAACGCGCGUACUGUCUCAGUUAUUUUAUAAUGUACGAUAACACAUUACGCUUGACUUGCAGGUUUCCAUACAAUCCUAAUGAUGAUCUUACCUAGUCACAGCUUAGUGACAUAAUAUAUUCAAACUCACAAUGAGUCGGUAUUUUUUUUAGGUGAUAUGUAUGAUAUCUGGAAAUCUGUAAUAAUCCUUGGUGGUCUCUUUUGCGCUGUUAUCUCAUCGCAAGAACCGUAAGUAAAAUAUACCCAGGAAUAUUUUGAAAUUAUUUUGUGCAACGUGAUGAUAAAUGAAGGGCUAGGUAAAUAUCUUUAAACGAUAUGAGUAACGUUUCACAGGUUUCCUCACUUUUAUGCCCUCGCUUCCUUGCGUCUGAGGACAAAGGACGAUGGAAAAAGAAAAGAAAAGAAAAUACUGGGAAUUGCAAAUUACCCGCAGCUUACUUUGAAGUGUUACCUUUGAAAAAGAACAAACACCAAGUAGAGCUGUGAAGUCAAAAUGAUUUAAAUUAUUGAAGUGUAAAACCUUCUGCCACUUAACUGCAAAAAUCUGGGAAAUCCCGUUUUAUAAUAAUUUCUUUAGUCGAUGGUCUGAGAGAUAAAUAUACAUUUGUAGCCAUUUUGUAACCUAUUACUCACUGUUAUGCAGAUACUACAGAUAAAUACGCAACACGUAGAAUUAUGUGCAUUUGUCGCCAGCUGAACCAUCGUAUUUCUUUUUGCAGCGAUGAAUACGAGGAUUCCGAUGUAGUAAAGAAACUGUUCUCUAGUUAUGAUCGAAACUUGAGGCCUAAGUUCAACAGUAAGUAGUACAGUCAAGGCAGGUCAACCGUACCCCCCAAAAUUCUAUUAAUGAAUUGAUUAUUUAAAAAAGGAAUCCGUUAGUCGUUCCUGUAACUAGUGUCAGAUUCAAAUUGGCAUUCCUGCAUGCGUAAUGAGCGGUGAAUUUUUUAACCAGAACGUCUUUGUAUUUGGUCAGAUUGAAAAUCUUUGAAUGGAACAAAAUGCUUCGAAGAGUUUUACAUCAAAUUCAGGGAAAAUGAGGUGGUAGAAAUUUCAUAACUGUCUCGCGUGUAAAUACACGGCUCAUUACGCAUCCAAGAAUACAGAGAUGAAUCUGAAAUCUACAACUGCCGACGGUUCAACUUUCGAAUAAUAAAUUCAUUAAUGGAAUCUUGCGGGGUAACGCUUGACCUGGCUUGACUGUAAAAUAUAUUUUUUAUAUUUCGAAUAUCGGACUGAAAUAAGUUUCUUGUACAUGAAUUUUGGACGUUGAUCCAGAAUUCUUGAACUGCUCGUGUAUUUGUACUCAUUGACAGAAAGCUCUCAUUAGAUCUGCUUCAAUCUCAGAAUGUUGAUUUAAAAGUUUCUUUAGGUUUACCUAGCAUUGUUGACUACAACUUGCUACUUAGUCCAGAAAAGUUGCAAGUUUCGAUUCAUUGAUUAGUAUGAUAUAUAUAUCUUUUCUGAUAUAAUGUUGUAAUUUAUAGACUAGAUAAUUAUUCACUCGUGUAAUUUUUAAUUGUAAGGCACAUUUGAAAACUGUAUAGUUGAAUUUGCGCGGUAUAAAUAAAUGUUAUUAUUAUUAUUAUUAUUAUUAUUAUUAUUAUUUUUAAAUUAUUAUUAUUAUUAUUAUUAUUAUUAUUAUUAUUAUUAUUACUAGUAUGAAAGAAAUAAACUCUGACACGGAUGGUGAUAGUCCAAAUAGUUCUCUCAGUCGAUCGCGACACUUGAUAAUCAAACGGUUCGUAUAAAUCAACCCGAGUCCCAAGUUGACUUAGCUCUUACAUGGUCUUUACGCUGCUUUGUUUGUGUUCAUCAAUUACAGGUGGCCCUUUAAAUGUAAUGGUGGACCUGUAUGUGGAAUCCUUUGGAAACAUAAAGGAGGCCGACAUGGUAGGUGCAUCCUUUUUACCAACUUUCUUAUAUUACAUUAUUUAUUCAUUAAAAACGCUUUUUAUCUUCACUUUCUACUUUCAAUUCAUAUAAUUAUAUGAAAGAAGAUCAUCACAGUUAUAGACGCAACUUUUGCAAUUGCGAAAAGAAAUUUUUCUGGCUUUCUUUUCGCUACUGCAAAAGUUCUUCUUUCAUAUAAUUCUUCACUCCUCAGUUCUCGUAUAUGAUUUUCAUAUAUUCAUAACUUCAUCAUCAUCCUUUCAUGGGUAUAAGUGCUAGUAGGACACUGUUUGUUCGUCUCAAACACUGGGGACGGACCGUUGUUCUUACGUGGUACUAAGCCACGAGAAGGUCUAGCCGUUUGCGAUACUUUCUUUUCCCAAUGCAGUAAAGAUCAGCGGUACACUGACUGCCCUAACCUCGCCAAAGUUUAAUCCACUGUCUGAGCUAAUCCAGCCGCCGCUACGCCCGCUAGAGCCAUUCUAAUUUGGUUGUGGCAGGCAUGGACAAUAGCCUUUGACAGUAGUUUUAGCUGUCCUUAUAGGAGCCCAUCUGCAAGAUAUAGCCGUCUUUAUGUACAAUAUGACACUGCACUCUAACAAUCAAGUUACUUGUAUUAGCUCAAUUACUUAUUAUCUGUUGACUGCAGGAAUACACAGUCUUUGGCUAUUUUCGUCAAAGUUGGGUGGACAAGCGCUUGGCAGGAAAGUUAAACCAAACAUUAGUGUUGAGGAAUACCGCAAUUGACCACGCCUGGACACCUGACACAUACUGUGUUAACACCCGGCAGUCUAACCUCAAAACGAGUGCGUCUGAUAGCGAGUCCGCCAUGAGGGUUGAUAUUAACGGCAGCGUUUUCUUCACCCAACGGUUUGUAAAUUUUUGUCAUAAACAGGACAAAAUCAAAACUAAUAAAGGACGUUAAAUUGACCCACCUUCAAUUUUUGGCAUAGGCGAAUUAAAAAUAAAAUAAAAUAAACAAACAAAUUCGGUCGUACACCCGCAAAAAAAUACUCUCCACAUAAAUGAAAGCUCCUAUUGAAACCAUCCAGAAACCAUCCUAGAAAAGCUCACUCGAUGUAAGGGAAUACAGAUUCCGGAAUUCGGGAAAUUUUUGCUUCCGCAAUCAUGGGCGUUGGAAUCCGGAAUACCGCUCAAGAAAGAAAUCCUGAAUCCCUAUGGCGAUUGGAAUCCAGAAUCCAAGUCCCACUGACAAAGACCUUGAAUCCGGAAUCCAUUGCGUAGAGUCCAGAAUCCAAGACUGCCUUGGGUUCCCUUACAUGGGGGUGAAAACCAAUUGAACCAUUGGUACCAAUGGACCAUCGGAAUUGCCCUGUACCUAGCCAGGCCACACGAGAGAAUAAUCCAAGUCCCCUUAAUGAGACGCAUAUUAACCAAAAGAACCACUGGAAUGACAUCAUUUUCUAUUGGUACCAAUCCUACCACUGGUACCAAUGGACUCCCUUCUUAUCACCACUAACACCAAUGCUGUCUAUUUGUGAGUAUUGAACAACCCUCCCAAGACAUGUUCUGCACGAUUUAAAGAUUCCUGUAAGCCAGAGGACUGUUCCUGUAAGCAGCUACGGACAUUGUCGAAUUAAGCAAAUGUGCGAGUUGUUGAAGGAACUUCUGAAUGAAUUCCUUGACAAAAGAUGAAUAGAUGUAUGAAGGACGUAUACUUAAAAUAACAUCGACAUCUUGUGUGUUUAGUUCCUAUCUUUUUUUUUCUUUAUUUUGCUUCAGAAUUCACAUUAUUGCGUCCUGUGAAAUGAAUCUGCAGGAUUUUCCAUUGGAUCACCAGGAGUGUGUUCUUAAAUUUAUAAGCUGUAAGUGAGCAACCUGUUAUAUAUUGUUAGCAGGCAAAUUUGGACGAAUGAACGAAGGAGUGAAUGAACAGAUGACCUUCUGAGAGACUGAUGACUAAUGACGGACUGGUUCACUGACUGACUGACUGACUGACUGACUGACUGACUGACUCGGAAUAAAUGAAGAGAUGGAGGGAGGGACGGGUAGGUGAUUGAACAAUGGAUGGAUGAAUUGACGGAUAGCUAACUAUAAUUUCAACCGGGUGGCCUGUUCAGCAUGUAGGCUUGUCGGGUCUCAUGAGUGGCCAGUUUAAUGGCCCAUCCAAACCAUUAUCAACGAGUUCAAACUAAUGCAUAUGAACGUUCAAGCACGCCGUUGCAUUUAAUUUCAUAAUUUAUGCAUUGCAGAAACCUUUGUUAAAUAGUAUUAACUUGUUGCCUUUAUGAUCGCAGAUGCGUACAACACUUCAGAUAUUGUCUACUGGUGGGCGAAGGACAAUGUGGAAAUUGAAAAGAAAACAGUCGCUCAGUUUCAGAACGAGGAGGUUCAUUUAAGCAAAACAGUAGAGCAGUACAUCACGGGUAAAUACUUGUUCAACCUUGAUCAACAUCUAGAUGCCAGAGCUACAUUGGAUGAUAACAGCCUAUUUCUUCUUCAUAAACGCUGUGCAAGAUUUAUAUGUGAAACUAAUGUUUUGCUCAUACUGCUAGUGAUUACCCGACCUGUUCAUCAGAUAAUGAUGAUAACGACAACGACAACGACUACGACAACGAUAACAAUGACGAUAAGGACAAUGAUAGUGAUACUGAUGAUGAUGAUGAUGAUGAUAAUGGUGAUGAUGAUAACAAUAACAAUCACGAUAAAAUACCUAAAGCACCCGCGGACCCCAAAACCUUACAAUUCAGUGUUGAGGUUUGGACGCACCCAUGACAUCAGAGAAUAAUUAUGUUUACUAAGUUAGCGCCUAAGGGCUUUGUAACCGGACAUGUUUUUGAAAAUUAGCUUUAACAUCGUGCACAAGUAGCAAAAUUUGCUUUAAGCACUCAACUCGAAGUGCCUCUAAGAUGCUAUUGCUGUUUGUCACUUUCAGGAAACUUUACGAUGCUGUCAGUCAGUUUUACCUUCCACCGCAGUAUAGGUUAUUACGUCAUGCAGGUUUACGCUCCAGAUGUUCUUGUGGUUGCCAUCAGUUGGACUCUAUUUUGGGUGGACAAGAAUGUAAGUCUUUUGGACUUGAGGUUUCUUCGUUAUUGCUCAAAAAGGUUACUCCUGCAGUGAUUCUGUUACAAAUAGUUAUUGUGAGUUCCUGAGACCAAUCUAGUGAUAACCAGAAUUAUUGCGGCCCAAUUCAAAAUACAAUAACUCCUAAAUUGAAAAUUCUUGGGAUGCACCCAGACAAUUAAUCUGAAGACAGGCUCCAAAACUCCUUCUUUUGUAAAGCACAACGGAGACUUAAAGAAACAUGCGUCUGUAAACAGCCACAAGAAUGGCUACAGGAAUCACACGAACAGGAUAUUCCACAAUAUACAUCUUCAGACUGAUCUUUGCGUCCACAGGACGCAUGCCCUUAAUUAUUUUUGCGUAUUUUGGGAUUCUUAUGCGUCAAGGACGCAGGACGCAGAGGUUACAAAAUGCCCUUGACCUCAAAGAGUAAAUGACACAGUCAUACGUAUGGCUAUACAUGUUUUUUAUCAUCCUUAUUUUGUAGGACAUGAAUACUCGUAUGGCCGUUGGCGUAACAACCAUUCUAACAAUCGUGUUUCUAUUGGGUUCGGCAAAUACAUCUCUUCCUCGGGUUAGUUAUGCCAAAGCCAUAGACUGGUAUCUAAUGGUUUCGUUCGCUUUCAUAUUUGCCGCUCUCGUGGAAUGCAUGUUUGUCUUUCAUUUUCGUAUCGACGGCGGAAAGAGGGAGAACAAGAAAAGUACGUUUUCACUGAGGAGCAAGGUAUGGACAGCUGAAUAGUUUUAUUUUGUUGAUGCCAAUGCCAGUAGCUAAGUUUAAAACUGGUUGAGCAACAUUAUCUGUCAUUCAUGUAUUUUUUUCGUUGUUCCUGAUUGGCGUUUCAGCAUUCAUCUAAUUCUGCAUAGCCGUCUGGCACUGACCUAAUUUAGAAUAGUUGGAAAAAGUUGUUCUCUUAUGAUGGGCAUCAUUCGUAAACUUGCAGAAUAAAAAUUCCGCAAACUUCCAGACGCAUUUGCCAGACGCAUUUAAGGUUAUAAUUAAAACGUUUAGAAAAAUGAACAAGCAAGCGGACAAUUUUGUUUCUUGCCCCUCCUACCGUUAGCGUAAAACAGGCUUGCACUAUUUGUGUAUUUGUUGGCGGUUUUGUUUGUUUUUAAAUGUUUUUUUUCUUUAUACUUCAUUUCCUGCAGAAAAAGAGACGUUUCUCUGGCCGACUGAUCGCUUUAAUGAAAACCGGCCUGAGGCGAGGAUCCUACAGAAUAGAUGAAGAAGAAAUCAUUGAAGCUCCUUCAAAUUUCAAACGCCAGAAAUCCAGCAUUUGUGAUCACAAUGGCAACCAUAUUAAACACGGGCAAGGAAAAAUAUGCAAGCAAGCUGAAGAAAUUAGCCUAAGUGACAGAAUCGAUAUAACAUCCCGUUACUUGUUUCCUUCUGCUUUUCUCUUGUUUAAUAUUUUUUACUGGUUUGCAUACGUCUAUGACAUUCGGGUGCUUCCUGAAAGUGCACGCGAUAUGUAG